AUGGCGACCACAUCCUUCCCCCCUCCUCCACCCAUCCCCAAUCGGCCGUCGAGCAUGAGCACGACAACCUCCGCCUCGGCCGCUAAGCCCACUAUGUGGGAGCGGACAAAGGGUGCCUCUAACACCGCAUACGAAAAGGGCCUCAAGCCUGGCUUCAAUAAGGUAUACAACGUUGUUGACAAGCUUGGCAAGCCUGUCAAUCGCCUGUCCAACAAAGUCGGGGCCGAGGCUUUCUGGCCUACCACAAUGGAUAAGGAGUCAGAGAAGGCGGCCAGAAUAUUACGAGGCUUUGUGAAGGACGGUUUCUACGAACAGGUUGACUCAAACCAGGCCAAGCGACUAGAAACAAGAGAGUCGCAGCUAGGCGUGCCCCAAGAAGGCGUACCUCAAGGCAAGCAGCGUGUGGUGGUCAAGAUUCCUUCAACCAUUAUCAAGAAUGCGGUGGCACUGGUCAUAUUUACCACCAUGCGUACCGGUUGGGUGCUGGGUGGAUCGGGAGGUUCUGGUGUGCUCGUUGCUAAACACCCCGAAACGGGCGAAUGGAGCCCUCCAAGCGGCGUGCAAAUCCAGAAUUUGUCCGUGGGGUUCCUCAUAGGCGUCGACAUAUACGACACUGUACUUGUUGUCAACACUUACAAAGCGCUCGAGGCAUUCACCAAGGUACGAUGUACCCUCGGCACGGAAGUUGGCGUGGCCGCCGGCCCUGUGGGUAUUGGGGGGGCUCUCGACACUGAGGUUCACAAGAGACAGUCGCCUAUCUUUUCAUACGUGAAAAGCCGAGGGUUCUACGCCGGCAUUGCACUCGAGGGCAACCUGGUCAUCGAACGCACAGAUGAGAAUGCCAAGUUCUACGGCUAUGAAAUCACCGCCCAGGAUAUCCUUUUGGGCAAAGUCCGAGGUCCGCCUGUCGAGCAGUACCAGGUGCUCCUAGACACACUAAGGGCGGCUCAAGGUGAUGACGUUGAUGAGAGCCUUCUGCCGAGCAGUGGCAUGGCGCCCAGCGACUUUGAAGUGGACGAACAAGGUGGUCCAACCUUCGGCAUCCCAGCCGAAAGUGACGAUGAUCCAUAUGGGGUGAAGGCGCUCGAAGCAGAGGGCUUAGUCAUAAGAGAAGCUGGUACUCAUCAGCGACCCUCGGCCGAGGCAUUCGAAUUCAAACCCUCCCCAUCCUCUCCCAUCUAUGGCCAUUUCUCCCGCAAGAGCACCGAUGCCGGUUCGAUACGCAGCAAGGCCUGGCGCUCGAGCACGCAAAGUCUCACCAUGUCUGAUCGAGGCACUCAGACAGACGAAGGCGAAAUUAACUCCCCACGUAGAAGCAGCCGGCAAGUCAGUCCACCCCGGAAAGAAAGCCAGGAUGUGCUUGGCACCGACCGGCAAGAGUCACCAGAAGGUGAGAGACGAGACUCGUUCUCAGACAUUGACUCGGACGUGGAGAUUCACGAAGUUACCCCUGUUGCAAUGAAAGCACGGACGGUAAACGUGCCCAAGCGGAUACCUCCUGCACUCCCGCCACGGAAUCCGGGGCGUGUCAGCUCGCCCUCUCCACUGCACACAGAGCAGCCAGUCGUCCCGCCAGCUGAUGGUUUCGAUCAGAUCGAUCUGAAUGGUACCACAGAAGAGAAGAAGCCUACAGGUGGAAGCGAAGACAAUGAUCGUCCGGAGCUCGCCAGAAGACACAGCACGGCGGAAGAGGAUAAAUUUGAGAGCAUGCCAACAACGCCCAUCGCAGAGAAAGACCAAGAUACCACACUGAAGCAUGAUACAGACAAGCCGAAGGACCAGGAGAAGGACGGUUGGGGUUCGGUCUAA